UGUCCGUCCGUCUGUCUCUGUCUUUCUCUUUCUCUUUGUCCCUCCGUACGCAUCUCCUCGUCAUAUUUUUCGCGUACAUAACGUUUAAGAUUCGUACAUUUUCAAUUCGCGCAUACCUAUCCACUCGAGUGUUGCUACCUCGUUCGUAAUACGGUUGCCACGGGUAGCUCGAUGCGGUUGUUAGCUGCUGCAGAAGACCGGGUGUGCUACCGGUGCCGCUCUUUCAUCGGGAAAACAGGAGGGUCGGGGAUAUGACAUGACGAUGACUGCCGGGACGACCGGGUCGCGGUGGUGUCGGCUACGGCGGCACCGGCGCACGAGGCUUCCGGGGUCCUUAGUGCCCGCCCACGUCGACCCGCGGUUGGUCCAAUCGGAACGGCGGCCGGAUGCUGUUGUGACGACAACGACCAGCCUUCGCGAGUAAUGUAACCGCCACCACCACCGCCUCCGUCUUCGAACGCGUUUUCCGGAUGCGAUGCGCGCACACUUCGUUCGCACGCACGCGCGCGCGCACACACACCUUGCACACACGCUCGCUGGUGCCCACACGUCGCACGCGCACGCCACCCGGUACACUCUACAACGACACAAUAUUGUGCCGUGCAUAUCGCCGUUUGCAGUCGGCUCGUUAACGCGCCGUGGCUUCGUGUUGCCGUUACGAAACGCGGCGUCGACCGGUAGGGUUACCACGGGAUAACCGACAGCGCGAUAAUAAUACUAUGGACGUAAAUCGCGUGUACACGCGUUUUCUAGAUAAACGUACUGCAGACGCGUACCUGCAUUUCGGAAACAGAUAAAAUACAAACACCGUUUCGGUCCCUUAGACGCAGUUUUUCGUUUGUUUUUUCCGAUAUCGCGUUCCGGUCCAUCCCCGCGGAAUCGUGCCGAGGUGGGAAUUACGCGUGUCAACACGAUGACCCCGACGAACCUUCACGCCCUCGCGGUCGGGGGAUGUGUGCCAUGACCGAGGAUUCCGACAACUCCGCGCGUCACCCAACUGCCGAUUAGGUCGUUUUGUACCGUUACGGCAUCGAGAUUUAUUGUCAGUGCAGACGCCGGCCGCGACGCUGCUCACUGACCGAAAACUCGAGUAUUUUACUUCCUACUCAAGACUGGUCUUCUCGUUCUAAUUUUUACAAACGCCACGAAAAUCGACCACAAUUCUGUCUUCGAUACCGUUCAGGCCGGGGUUCAGGCCGAAUAUGCUCAACAACAUCAGUAUUAUUGGCCCGAACGUUGUCGGAGGCCACAAGGACUUCGAUGGCCUCAAACACAGAUCGCUUCACCAGUUGCAGACCGGCGGCAACAGAAGUGUUCACGACAUCGGAGGCGGCCACGGUCUCGGCGGUGGUGGCGGUGCAGGUAACGUCCACCACCAGGGCAACGGUCCGUCACCGCCGCAGCUGUCCUCGGCCUCCAGCGGCGGCGGUGGACCGUUCCGAUUGUCGUGCAGCGGUUUCGACCUGUCCGGCGCGGCCGGCCACGGGUUGGCGGCCGCUGCGGUCGGUGCCGGAGCCAACGGAGAUGACACUGGCAAACCGAACAAACAGAAGAGACACCGAACCCGGUUCACGCCAGCACAACUCAACGAGCUGGAACGGUGCUUCAGCAAGACCCACUAUCCGGAUAUUUUUAUGCGUGAGGAGAUCGCCAUGCGGAUCGGCCUCACUGAGUCCCGGGUACAGGUAUGGUUCCAAAACCGAAGAGCGAAAUGGAAAAAACGUAAGAAAUCAACAAACGUGUUCAGAAGCCCUGGCGCUCUGUUGCCGUCCCACGGACUACCGCCGUUUGGAUCCAUGUCCGAUAGUUUAUGUCCUACAUCAAUGUUUAGUUCUCCAGACACAAGAUGGGGCGUGACCAGUAUGACUACAGGUCUUAGUCAGCUGGCCGGUAGUACAGUUACCAUGAGCGGAUACAGUCAUCAGAACUCGUCGCUCAGUUCCGUGCCGAUCACUACGAUGGCUACCAACGCUCAGAAUAUGUAUCAAGCCCAUUAUGGUCUCAAUUCAUUAGGUGAUUCGAACAAAUGGCGAUUUUCCAAAGAACAGUUCAAACCCUAUCCAGCUGACUCUCAGUUAUUUUGAAAAUCGAGUGAUUCAUUAUGUAUUGUAUCCUGUUUUAUAUGCAUGAUAGAUAACUGGUAACAGCAAUAACUAAGAGUUAACAAAUGCUGCAGACGUAUGGGAGCCGAUCAACUGAAAGAGUCUUUUCAUAAAAAAUAUUAUUAUUAUUAUUAUUAUUAUUAGUGUUUGGUGAUGCGUUCUUAAGGUUAAGAAUAUUUUAAAAACUAAAAAUAAUGAUUAUUGUAAGAUUAUAGUGGCAAUUACUUUUUUUUUUAAUUUGUUCCUAGAACACAAAUAUAAAGAUAUACAAUCACAUGAAUAUCCCUGUAUAAUAGGUACAUACAGCAACCAUCAAUGUACCUAAACCAAAAACCUAAGCACAAAUAUAAAAGUUACCUACAGGCUUCAUUACAUAAACAUAUUGUACAUUGUAUGAACACUUGUUUAAAUUCUACUAAUUUUCACAACAUUACACUAUAAUGAAAAUGCCAUGUUAAUGAAUAAAACUGUGAACGGACCCGUGACAAUAUAAUAUAAUUAUGAAUUUUA